AUGCGUUUGUUGUCUUUACCUGAAAGAAGCCGCCGCUGUCUUUCUGCUGCUGUCUUUAGGGUGCUGCAUUGCCCCCUCUCUCACCCUGUCUCUGCUUUCUCUCCCCCUCCCCCCCAGCAGCAGCAGCAGCAGCAGCAGCAGCAGCAGCAGCAGCAGCAGGAGCAGCAGCAGGAGGAUGAGGAUGAGGAGGAGGAGAGGGUGUGGGUUGCUGAGGAUUUGUUUUUGUUUGCUGCUGUUGAUAGUUUGUCUCUUCUUUGUUCUUUAUUGAUGUGUAAAGGAGAGGAGACAACUGUCUCCUCUCUGCAGCGGCUAAAUGUUGCUGCUGCGCCAGCAGCAAGACAAGGAGAUAUGGAGCAGCAGCAGCAGCAGCAGCAGCAGCAGCAGCAGCAGCAGCAGCAGCAGCAGGAGCAGCAGCAGCAGCAGCAGUAUCUAUUCUCAACCCCCCACAGCUUCCCUGCUCACCCCUCGCUGCUGCUGCUGCUGCUGCUGCAGCACAUGGCCACAGGCACAACCAGCUGCUGCCGAGCCUUCAUGCUGCUGAGCAGCAGGGGGGGCCCCCCUCUAACCCCCAAAGAGGAGAAGUUUAUUAGUGCUUUUUCGUUGCUAGAUAGAGACGAAAAAGAGACAAAAAAAGAAACAAAAAAAGAGACAAAAGGAGACAAUACAAUUACUUCUUUUCUCCAGGGAGGAGACCUCUCUCUUCUCUAUAGAUCGGUGUCCUUGCUAACCGGGGUAUUCAGCUGGCGAGCUCAGACUUAUCUAUUCAGGUGUCUACUCAGCCCCAAAGAGCAGCCACUGCCUGACGCUGCAUGCGCUGCAGUUCUUAUACUUAUAAAGCAGCGGUGGUGUGCUCAGGUGCUGCAGCAGCACAAGCUCCAGCAGCAGCAGCAGCAGCAGCAGCAGCAGCAGCAGCAGCAGGAGCAGCAGGAGCAGCGGGAGGAAAACGGACUUGUACCAGCAGCAGCAGCAGCAGCAGAACCAUCACAAGAUGCAGCAGAACCAGCAGCAGCAGCAGCAGCACCAGCAGCAGCAGCAGCAGCAGCAGCAGCACCAGCAGCAGCAGCACCAGCAGCAGCAGCAGCAGCAGCAGCAGCAGCAGGAGACAAAGAAGCAGCAGGAGAAGCAGGAAAAGAAGAGAAUAAUAUAGAUAUAAAUUUAAAUAUUUUGGUUUUUAUAGUAACAACACAACUCAUCGCUAGACACGAGCCAAUAGCAGAAGGCUCAGAGAGAAUCUCCUGCGUUCUUAACUGGCUUAAGCUUAUCUUUCUCCCCAGCCCCAGCAGCAGCAGCAGCAGCAGCAGCAGCAGCAGCAGCAGCAGCAGCAGCAGCAGCAGCAGCGGCAGCAGCAGCAGCAGCAGCAGCAGCAGUGAGGGGGAGAUGGGCCCCUUCUAUCGUAUGGGUUUGCUGCUGCUGCAGCGACAGAGCCAGUCCCUGCAGGGGUGUUUAGAUCGUUUAGCUUCACAGAUGGAUGCAGAGGAGCUGCUGACGCAGCAGCAGCAGCAGCAGCAGCAGCAGCAGCAGCAGCAGCAGACACCUUUUCUUAUGGGUGGAGUGGCCCCUACAACAGCAGAUAAGAUAGAACUGAUUACACCCUGCAGCAAGAAGAGACAAGUCAAUGCUGCAUGCGAGCAACGCAUGCGUUUGGGGCUGGUUUCUUUGGUGUUGACGGAGGUACGGGGCCUAGUACAGAAAGCAAUAGUAAACAAUAAACUAAACCACAGAUCUUCUCCUCCUAGCAGCUGA